UGGACACACGGACAGAGCGGGGGAACCAGGGACGGCGCCAGGCCAUGCCCGGGGAAGCUGCCCGCGCCGAGCUGCCGCUGCCCGAGGCGGACGGAACCGAGCCGCGCACAGAUCUUGCCUGUGAUGUGCCUGCUGUCACCAUCCUGGGAGGGGAGCAGCAGGAGCCUCGUAACCUGAUCCCAGCCCCCAGCCCCCUGGCCCUCGCGUUCCUGCCCAGCAAGCCUGGCGCCCGGCCUCAGCCGGAGGGAGCCAGCUGGGAUGCUGGGCCUGGUGGGGGCCCCUCAUCCUGGGCAGACCCAGCAGAGGGAGGCCCCAACUCAGCGCUCCUCCCCGAGGGCCUGCACCCUCAGGCUCUGCCCACCGCCCUGGAGCCCCGGAUCGUGAUGGGCGAGGAAACAUGCCAGGCACCACCAACGGCUAGGGCAGCCCUGCCAGUGCUCAGGGAACAGGAGCUGUGCCCUCAGGAUGACCCUGCUGUGCCUUCCCGGGCCCCAGAUCCCGAGCCCUACUUCACCCCUCCCUCCAGCCCCACCGAGGCCACCUACACCCUGCUCCUCAACCGUGGGCUGUACAAGGACGCAUGGGACCCCGAGGCGGAGCUGCUGGACUCACUGGCUUCCUCACCUUCGGGCUCCUAUGUUACAGCAGAUGGGGACAGUGGGACCUUGUCACCCUCUUGCUCCCUCAGCCUGCUGGCCCCCACUGAAGGACCAGAUGUCCCCUCAGGCUGGAGCUUCUCCCAGCCAGAGCUGGUGGCUGAGGAGUGGGAGCAGCACCCUGCAGAGACCCCAUCCUCUGAGUCCAGCCUGUCAGGAGACAGUGGCUCUUCCUGGGGCCAGGAGGGCCACUUCUUUGACCUGGACUUCCUGGCCAAUGAUCCAAUGAUCCCUGCGGCCCUGCUGCCCUUUCAGGGCAGUCUCAUCUUCCAGGUGGAGUCUGUGGAGGUGACGCCACUGGCUCCUGAGGAGGAGGAGGAGGAAGAGGAGGUGGCACCUGAUAGCCUGGCCCCUGAUGGAGAUGUGGCGGGCGAGGAUGAGCAGGAUAGUGCCUCAGCCUCCUUCCUCCAGUCACUGUCUGACUUGUCCAUCACUGAAGGCAUGGAUGAGGCCUUCGCCUUCCGAGACGACACCUCAGCGGCCUCCUCAGACUCGGACUCAGCAUCCUAUGCAGGAGCAGAUGACGACAGCCUGUACAGCGGGGAGCCCCACGCCCAACCCAGCACGCUGCUGCAGGCUGCUAUCCAGAAGGUGGAGCAGGAGUGUAUAGGCAAGGCUGUGUUCUGGGGUGCAGAAGCCAGGGGGACAGUGCCCAUCCCUUGGGUCCCAGAGGGAGAAGCCUGCCUCAGCCACAGCCAGGAUUCAGUCACAGGAAUCACAGAAGUGGGCCUUGCUUCAAGCCAGGAGUAUGCAGCUACUGUGACCUCUCACGCUGGGCAGGUGACCAACAAGGUGACCACUCAGGUGGGUGCUGAAGAAGUUGACUCUGUGGCCAGAGGAAUACCUGUCACCCAGGUGCCAGCUUACCCCUCCCAGAACAGGAGCGCUGCCUUAGGCCGGCCACCCAGAGCUACGGAAGCCGAACCAGCUCUGCGGGAAGCAGCAGGCUGUCCUGAGCUCACAGGACCCCAAGGAACCCCAGGCCUCCUCGAAGGCCUUGAGUCUGUGGCAGCAGCCAUGCUGGGGUCCCAGCAGGCUGAAGGGGGCACCCCGUUACCCCAGAACUGUCUUGAGUCUGCACUUCCACCCCUGCUAGAUGAAGAUCCCAUCUCAGACCUAGAGUUUGUGGCUGCAGCCAUGCUGGAGUCUGAGGAGGCUGGAGAUGUCACCCCAUUACUCCCAGACUCUCCUGAGUCCGCACUUCCGCCACUGUUGAAGGAAGAGCCCAUCUCAGGCCUGGAGUCUGUGGCUGCGACCAUGCUGGGGCCCCUGCAGGCUCAAGGGGGCGCCCCAUUACCCCAGGACUCUCCUGAGUCUGCACUUCUGCCACUGCUGAAGGAAGAGCCCAUCUCAGGCCUGGAGUCUGUGGCUGCGACCAUGCUGGGGCCCCUGCAGGCUCAAUGGGGCGCCCCAUUACCCCAGGUCUCUCCUGAGUCUGCACUUCCACCACUGCUGAAGGAAGAGCCCAUCUCAGGCCUGGAGUCCCAGGAGGCUGAAGGGUGCACCCCAUUACUCCCGGAGCCUCCUGAGACAGAGCUUUCAUCUCUGCUGGAUGAAGAUCCUACCUCAGGUCACGAGUCCAUGGCUUUGGCCAUGCCGGGGCCCCUGCAGGCUAAAAGGGGUGUCCUGUUACUCCAGGACUCUCUUGAGUCUGCACUUCCAUCCUUGCUGGACAAAGAUCCCAUCUUGGGCCCAGAGUCCAUGGCUGCAGCCAUUCUGGAGUCCCAGGAGGCUCGAGGGGGCGUCUCAUCACCCCAGGACUCUCUGGAGUCUUCACAUCCAUCUCUUCAAGAUGUAGAUCCCACCUCAGGCCCUGAGUCCUUGGCUAAAGCCACACCAGGGCCACUGCAGGUUGGAGGGGGCAUGCCGUUACUCCAGGACUCUCCUGAGACAGAGCUUCCCCCUCCACUGGAUGAAGAUCCUACCUCGGGACAUGAAUCUAUGGCUGUGGCUGUGCUGGGGCCCCUGCAGGCUGAAGGGGGUGUCCUGUUAUCCCAGGACUUUUCCAAGUCUCCACCUCCGUCUCUGCAAGAUAAAGAUCCCAUCUCAAGCCCCGUGGCCAUGGCUGUGGUCAUGCCAGGGUCCCAGGAGGCUGAAGGUGGUGUGCCGUUACCCCAGAACUCUCCUGAAGCUCCUCUACCCCUGGAAGACAAAAAUCCUGACUUGGGCCCAAACAACAUGGCUGCAGCCAUUCCAGGCCCUCUGCAGGCCAAACAGGGCACCCUACUACCCCAGGACCUUCUGGAACCUUCUCCACUUCUGCUAGAUGGAGAUUCUACCUUGGGCCCAGAGUCUGUGGCUGUGGCCACACCAGUGGCCCUAAAGACUGAAGUAGGCUGCACUGCAGGGAGCAAGAGUGUGGAAUUAGGUGUGGCCUCAGGUCCAAAACCUGUGCCUAAGGAGUGGGUCACAGUGCCCCCUGGUGACCCAGAGCCUGUGCCCUUGAACCCGGUCCCACAGGGUGGCCUCAAGCCAGAGGCAGAGGCUGUGUCAUUUGCACCCCGAGGGCGAGAAGCAGGGCCCAUCCUAGAUGAGGAGGCCCCCCGCCCCCCUAAGGCUGCCCAUAGUCUGGGGGAGGAAGGAGCCCUGGGCCUGCUUCCUGCAGAGCCGGAAACAUGUCCAGAACCCCAGGCACCAAUGGGCAAAGGGGCUGAGACCGGCUUGCCCCCAGGGGUGGCCCCUGGGCCUAAGAACCAGAGGGACAGGGGUCCCAAGCCACUGACACAGGGACACGGACCUAAGUCAGUGCCCCGAGGAGCAAGGGCAGCUCCCAAGGCCCUUCACACCGCCUGCCCCAAGGUCGGCUGGGCACAGCCCUCAAGCCCAGGCAGAGAAGGCAGGGCCCUGGGCAGCAAGGGCACCCCGGCUCUGGCUGCUGGGGCCCAGCACAGCUCCUGCCCAGGGGCCCCAGCCGGGGCUGUGUCCAGGCUGGAUGGGGACAGCCCCAGAGAGCCCAGCUCACCUGCACCGGGCAAUGGCCAGCAGGCCCCAGCCACCCCACCACUCCCCAGACCUCUGGCCCGGGGCCCGCCCAGUGCAUCCCACACCAGGCUCCUGGACCCCAACCCUUCUGCUCCUGGUGCCUCUCGCCCACGCCGCAGUCCCCGGGAAGAUUCUGUGGAGGAGGAGCCCCUGGUCUCUCGGGGACCCCCACCACCUCGAGUGGGAGCCCAGCGGACCACUGCUGCCUCAGGAACCACACAGCCUCGGGGAGCCGGGCAGCGCUUCAGCCUGGCAACCCAACCAGCCCCCCUCAGCCCCAAGGCGGCUCCCCCAGAUGCCAAAGAGCCAGCCUCACGGACCUCGCCCCCCUGCCAAGUGCCUCCUUCCUUGGGGUCCCGCAGCCCACACGGGCCUCUUGGGCUCCCAGCUUCUGAGCAGCAAGGCGAGGCGGACAGCCUGGAGGAAGACUCCCCAAGGGCCCUGGGCUCUGGCCAGCAAUCGGACAGCCACGGGGAGUCAUCAGCCGAGCUGGAUGAGGACACUGCAGCCCCUCACAUGCAGCGCCCAGCCCAGGUGAUGUGUCCGGGGGGAGGUGGCCUCGGGGUGGCCCUGUGGCCCCCCAGGAGCUCAGAGCCUCCCUCCCCACAGGCUCCGACAGGCAGCAGCGAGGAAACCAUCGCCAAAGCCAAGCAGAGCCGCAGUGAGAAGAAGGCUCGAAAGGCCAUGUCCAAGCUGGGCCUGCGGCAGAUUCAGGGCGUCACGAGGAUCACCAUCCAGAAGUCCAAGAACAUCCUCUUCGUGAUUGCUAAGCCUGAUGUCUUCAAGAGCCCUGCCUCUGACACCUAUGUGGUCUUUGGGGAGGCCAAGAUAGAGGACCUGUCCCAGCAAGUGCACAAAGCUGCAGCAGAGAAGUUCAAGGUACCCUCAGAGUCCCUGGCCCUGAUCCCCGAGUCGGCACCUGGACCCCAGCUGAGGACAGAGUGCGAGGAGGAGGAAGAAGAGGAGGAGGUGGACGAGUCAGGGCUGGAGCUGCGUGACAUUGAGCUGGUGAUGGCCCAGGCCAACGUGUCCAGGGCCAAGGCUGUGCGGGCACUGAGGGACAACCACAGUGACAUCGUCAAUGCCAUCAUGGAGCUGACAAUGUAGCCGCUGCCUGAGCCGGGUCUGCCCUGCCCUCCCCAGUGCUGCUGCCCAAUAAAUCAGUGUCCUGACUACACUGGGUCACCCGUCCUCAGUGUCCCCCGAAGGCCCUGGUUCCCUUUCUUCACUCUGGGGACAUCUGCUCACCCUGUAGCCCCGGCAUCACUGAUAUCCGUGUGUGACUCUGCUGCCCUUUUCCCCAAGGUGUCCCUGUGUCACCCUGCUGACCCCCUCAUCAUCAUCGGGGUUCCCUUGUCUCCUGCUUCA